GCCAUUUUUCACUUGAAUCUAGACCAGGAUAGUCUGUGGCUUCGAAAACAAAAGACUGCAGAAAAUAUUGCCAAAAAAUGAGUCCUGAGAGAGAAGUUCAAGAAUCAGUAGACGUUAUGGAGUCGAUAGAUGAAUUAAAAGAACGAUUGUCAUCUAUGAAGCGUAUGAUGGAAGAACGGAAGAACGCUGGGUCAGGCACCAAGGAAUUGUUCCAAGGCCAAGCCAGGAGUCUCCAAGGAACGACCAUGAUCGAUGGAAAUUUUCUCAGUUUCGUCUUCGGCGGUUCUCUUUUCGUAAUCCUAAGUGUAUCAGUUUAUGCUUUUUAUAACUUAUACCACGCUGUCCUUAAGAAGUUCCCUUCAACGCACACGGAAUUGUAAAUUGGAUUUUGAUCCGUACACCUAAGGUUUAUAUGGCUGAAGAAACAAUAUCUCCUCUUCAUCUUCGGUUAAAGUUUACUACGUAAUACAUAGAAAUUGGUGACGUUUUUGCUGACAAAUAUAAUACCAAUAAAGUGUGUUUUAUUUCAAAAACGUUAA